AUGACGUCAGGUUCGCGGGUUCUGUUUGUGCUUUCACCAAAACGGUGCGUAGCAACGAGGGGUAUUUGUGUCUUUGGGGAGAGCCUCUCCAGACUGGAGAGGGAGGUUGGCUCAGGAAAGAAAAUCGGAGUUGAGAGAAAUGAAAUGGUGAGAGGAAGCAUUAAACUUCUCAAGGAUGCUGGGUCUGGACUCAGCAAGACCCUCUCUGAGAUCCUCGUCUGCCCGCUUUCCAAACAACCUCUAAGGUUUUGUGAGGAAACGAAUUCCCUUGUCAGUGAUUCAAUUGGUGUCUCCUUUCCUAUAAAGGAUGGGAUUCCUUGCUUAGUACCAACAGACGGCAAGGCCCUUGACCUUGAGGCCGAUGAUACAAUAAAACCCGAAGAUGCUGUGACAUCAUCAGUCCAACACGAGGCAGAUCGAGGAGGCAGUCACUAG